AGAUCUUCUCCCUGUCUUUAAUGUCUUUCCAAGUCCGAGAGGUUGGAACAGUUGAAGGCGACGGCUCUUUCAUCGUCUCCGUCUUUGACGCCGUGAUUCCCUUCCUAGAGUCGAUAGGCAGCAACGAGCAAUGGGGGACGACACUGUUUUCCCAUCGAGACGGCUUCACCGAGGAGACACUGCAGCAGGUUCGCCAGUCAGAGCAGCUUAGCCUUACAGAUAAGAAGAACGACGAAAAUGAUGGCCUGCGCAUCUUUAUCGUGGAAAGGGAGCUGACAGACGACCCUCUCGAUGAGACUAGUAGUCCUACACCCCUUCGCGUCCAUGUUGCAGCCGACGGACGACGACUCCUCUCGGUCGGCUUUGCGUUCGUUCGGGAAGACUGGGUGCCCAGAUACAUCGCAUCGCAGCCUCACCUAUGCGUCGAGCGGACGGAUACCAUCUACCUGGAGGUGAUCAUCACCGAUAGCCGGGUGGACAGCAGUCUCCGCCACGGCGCCGGGGCGGCUCUUCUCCGUGAGAUCCAGAAGUAUGGGCAUGCCAGGCAGAAAAGGGUGAUCUACCUGGACGGCUGGGCGGGGAACCAGAAGAAACUGGUCCGAUACUAUGAACAGCAAGGAUUUCAGGCCAUCGACGACUUUAGUCUGCCGAGAGCAGAUAAAGCGCCUUGGCUGGGGACGUUGAUGCGGAUGAAUAUUUAGAUAAUGGCAAUUGUCGCUAAACCCCUUCGACACACUCGACGGUCUCCUUCUCCGGAAGGCCGGCGUUCUUGAUCUCGCGUCUGAACUCGGCCUCGUUCUCUCUCAGCC